AUGUCAGCUUGCUCGACCAACUGUUCCUGUAUUGCUUAUGCUUAUGAUCAUCGAAAGCAUGAAUGCUUAGUAUGGGAAGGUCCUCUGCUAAAUGUGAAGCAGCUCUCAGAAGAUGACGGAUAUGGAAAUGAUUUUUAUCUGAAGCUUGAUCCUUCGGAAUCGAUUAUGAAAGGACAUAAGAACACGAAGGUUGUAGGACUAUUGUGGGCAAUCAUCAUACCAACCGUAUCUUUUGCACUGGUAUUCAGUCUUCUUGUUUAUUGUGCGAGGAGGAAGAAGGAGCUCAAAAGAAAGGGGGACAAUUUGUUACUGUUAGAUUUGACCAUAGAGUCUAAUAGUUCGGAGCUUACUGAAUCAAGUAGGCAUGGGGAUAGCAGAAGAGGCAAAGUCAAAAUGCCAUUAUUCAGUUUUGCAAGUGUUUCUGCUGCAACUGGUAAUUUCUCGCCUGGAAAUAAGCUUGGCGAGGGCGGUUUUGGACCCGUUUACAAGGGAACAUUACAGAGAGGGGAUGUAGCUGUAAAAAGACUUUCAAGAAAAUCUGGCCAAGGUUGGGAGGAGCUAAAAAACGAAGCAAUGCUCAUAGCCACACUCCAACACAAGAAUCUUGUUAGACUUUUGGGCUGCUGCAUUGAAGGAGAUGAAAAGAUACUAGUUUACGAGUAUAUGCCUAAUAAAAGCUUGGAUUUCUUUAUUUUUGAUGCUGAAAAGCGCAAGAUACUAGAUUGGGGGAAACGGAUUCAAAUCAUUCAAGGGGUUGCUCAAGGACUUCUUUAUCUUCAUCAGUAUUCCAGGUUAAGGAUUAUACAUAGGGACUUGAAGGCUAGCAACAUUUUGUUGGACACCGACAUGAAUCCCAAAAUAUCAGAUUUUGGAAUGGCAAGAAUAUUUGGAGGAAACGAGUCAGAAGCAAAUACCAGUAGGAUCGUGGGCACACAGGGUUACAUGUCACCUGAAUAUCUUAUGCAAGGUGUCUUCUCCAUCAAAUCUGAUGUCUUUAGCUUCGGUGUCUUGUUGUUAGAGAUUUUGAGUGGCCGGAAGAACACUGGCCAACUUUUGGGAUAUGCGUGGGAAUUAUGGAGUAGUGACAAGGGAUCAGACAUAGUGGAUCCGUUGCUCCUUGUUGAUAUGUCCUCCAUGUCUAUGGUGUUGAGAUAUAUUAACAUUGCUCUCCUCUGCGUACAAGAAAGUGCAGCGGAUAGACCUACCAUGUCGGACGUUGUCGCAAUGCUUAACAAUGAUAGUACAGUUCUACCUUAUCCCAACGAACCUGGUUUCUUGUUUGUGAGAAGUAAGGUAAAGGCAAACCCAAUCAGUGGCGUGUCAGACUUGUCUUAUCUGAAGAAUGAAACAGAUUCAAUAUUUGAAGGCCGUUAAGCUUUGAAAGACCAGCCAUAAGCAUCAUACUAUCCGUGUAAAUCAUCAGAAAAACAUUCUGUUAGGUUGCCUACGGGUUGUACUUCCCUUUUUCCUGUUUUAUGUCAAAGUCCACUCAACAGAGUGAGCAGAGUGUAUUGGAUUUCUGAGUCUUCCGCCGUAAAAUCUGUUAUUAUGGUUAUGGUAUUAUAGUCAAUCCUGUAAUAUAGUCGAUAAAUAUGAGCUUUCAUCUCUGAUAAGGAGA